AAUAUUCCUAAAUUCUCAAAACGCUCAACUCCCAAAUAUUCCCGGCGGCUCAUCAAAAUGUCAGACACUGUCAACUCUCUCAACCUAUGGACUGUUCGCAAGCUUUCGCGGGUCGUGAACGGGUUGAUCUCGGAAACAACGCCUGGAAAAAUACCUGAAAGCAGUCGUGGCCGAGAUGUUUACAUCAUUCAUUGGGGUGUAAAGCCUUCUGGUGGCACCAGCUUUCAUUAUUGCCUUCUGGUUGCCGAUCCUGAACCCCAAAACCGUCACGAACCCUCAGCGGACACCACUGGAGUCGUCUUUAGUUGGGGUUCUUUUGGCGGACGCGGUCAUUCAUGGGAUAACCUCGUCAAGAGUGGUGGUAAGAGCAGGCAGUGGCCCUUUGACUGGGAUAAAGAGGUGGCAGGCCGGAACACGUACGAGUUCAUCGGAUGUACGACACGAAGCGAUUCAUACAUUGCAGGUAGAAUGGAUGCAUUUGGAAGCUAUUACAACAUAGCCUUCAAUAACUGCCAGCAGGUAACUACCGACGUGGCUAAGGAGCUUUGUGGGUUUGUUGAGUUGCAACAGAUGGGAGACUACAUACAAGCAAACAAAUAA